AUUCUGAAGAAAUAUUUUCAUAUUUCCGCUUUAAAAAUGACUGAAAGUCAAGAAAAUAUUUUCCUUUUCGUUCCUAAUAUAAUUGGUUUUGGUAGAGUAAUCCUUGCGAUUAUAUCCUUUUAUUUUAUGCCAACACAUUGUAUUUUGGCGUGUGUCUGCUAUGUUACUUCGGCUUUAUUGGACGCUAUCGAUGGGCAUGCUGCAAGAUACUUUAAUCAAAGCACAAAGUUUGGUGCAAUUCUGGAUCAGCUAACUGAUCGUGCUGGUACUGCCUGCCUGAUGAUGACUCUGGCAACAUUUUACCCACAAUACACAUUCUGGUUCCAAAUAUCCAUGGCUAUUGACAUCACCUGCCACUGGAUGUAUCUUCACACUGUGACCCUGCAGGGCAAAGCAUCUCAUAAGUUCAUUGACAUGUCAGAGAAUCCUAUCAUGCGCAUCUAUUACACAAAUAAAUUGGUUCUCUUCUUCAUGUGUGCUGGCAAUGAGGCUUUCUAUGCUGCUCUCUAUGUGAUGUACUUCUACAGUGGUCCUACAGUUCUGGGAAUUGGCCUGUACAAGCUGAUUGCUAUCAUCUCAGCGCCAGUGGCAAUCGUGAAGGCUGGCAUAUCAGUGUUGCAGGGUGUUGUUGGAGCCAUUAACUUGUCUACUAUUGACAUCAAUGAGCGGGCUGCUCUAGCUGCUAAACAAAAGAACUAAAAACAAUACAACUGGGUCACAAGCAA